AUGGACCGUCAUUUAUUGGGCCUGAGAAAGAUCGCUGCCGAACAUGGACGACCAAUACCGAAAAUUUUUGAAACCGAAGCGUACAAGAAAAUGAUGAAUUUUACACUUUCAACUUCACAAGUACCGACUGUGAACUUCGUUCCGUUAGCGUAUGGGCCGUCGGCGCCGGAUGGCUUUGGUAUUUGCUACAAUCCUCAACCCGAGCAACUGCACUUCACCAUUUGCACAUUGCACAGCUGCCUAGAAACCAGCUCAGCCAGGUACGCUGAGGAACUGGAGAAUGCGCUGGUGGACAUGCGUACAAUUCUCACCAAAGCGAACGGUAGCGAGAAGAGUUAA